UCUUGUAUCGUUUCAUUUCGUCGUUUCGUUGCUGUUGCCGAGCAACUCUUGAAGUGAACGGACGUGUUUUUCUCCGCUGCGGCAAAUACUGCGAGCCCAACGAGAACUUCCAAAAAAAAAAUAACAAAACUCGGUAAUUCGGAAGAAUAAUACAAAAGAAAAGAAGCGCAAGAACAUUAUGUACAUAAAUAAUAAUAAAUUCAAUACUUUUACUAUGUAAUUUGUUGUUCAAGUGAAUAAGUUUGUGAAGCGUUACUCUUUUAUGUUGCAACUUUUGGUUAAGUUUUCAGCUACGGUUUUAUGCUCAAUUUUAUUGCGCGCAAUUGAACAUAAAUAUGUACAUAAAUAUAGUAUGUAAAAAUAAGUAAUUUAACGGUGCGCGCGUGUGCGGUAAACAACAAAUAUCAUAAUAAUAAUAAUAGUAAUAAAAAGAGGAGAAGACAAUCAAAGAAUUAUAAUAGAAGUAUGACAAGCUUGAGAGCUUCACGUGCAGCAUAAGAAAUCGUGAUAAAAGCACAGACAGCAGCAUCAGUAUUUUGUUGUUCUUAUUCUUCUUCUUGUUGUAUGCACGCUCAAUCGCCGUUAACAUCGUGUGUGUUCCAACAACAACAACAGCAGAAGCAGCAGCAACAAAAACAAACGAGCAAUUUUCGUGCGUCGACGCGACGCCGCUGCUGCCGGCUGCUGCAAUUAUGUGUAGCAGCAGCGACGCGACGUUGUUUUAAAUAAAAGGUAGACAGGCAGAAGCUGCCACUGCCACAGCCACAGUCACUGCCAACAGUCUCUUGCCUCUUGCCUGCAAUUAAUGUACACAGCUUUUUUUUUUGCAUACAUAAAUAACAGCAACAACAACAACAACAAGAGCGGCAACGAAUACGAAUUUGUGUGUGUUUGCCGGCAGACGCAGUCGAGGCCGCCGCCCCAAAAGGUCGUUGGCGCUAAGGUCACAGUCACAGUCACAGUGACAGUGACAGUCGAGUGUACGAAUUGAUAUUUGUGAUGCCAGUGUGAAAACAAUAACAAACAAAUCGCGAGUGCUUGAACGUUAUUCAACAAUAAGCAACAACAGCAGCAGCAGCAGCGCAGCAACUGCAGACGCUGCCAACGUCAACGCAACUUCAAAAUCAAAUACGCAACAAACUAAAAAUGGCAAGAACUAAAAACACAGCUGCAAUUGUUGAGCAACAAGAAAAGCGCGACGAGGUUUGCGAAAAUGCAAAAGAAAAGGCCAAAUAAAUGUUAAUGCGAGAGACAUUGAAUUUUUACGACAACAUUUAAAACAAUACGCAGCUUAAAGUGUAAAGGAAAUUGCAACAAAAGUAAACAGCUUGUGGAAACGUGUUUGGCACGUGACGUGACGCGACGCCAUUUUGUAACGGUAAUUGACGGCACACACGUGGACCAUCUAACCCCAUUCUCCUACACACUUGACUUGGCCAACUAAACUCACAUUCAGUUAGUAAAAUGGCCGUUAGCAAUAUUGUUUGUGAAUGGCUUCGCGCUCUUGGCCUGGCUCAAUAUGCGGAAAGUUUUCUCGACAAUGGCUAUGAUGACCUGGAGAUCUGUAAACAGGUCGGUGAUCCAGAUUUGGAUGCCAUAGGCGUUGAUAAUCCCUCGCAUCGUCACAAGCUGCUGAAGAGUAUACGCUCGUUGCGUGAAAAAGGCGCUGCCUCAGUGUAUUUUAUGCUCAACGAUCCGAAUUCGUUGUCCGGCAGCAUGGAGAUCCUUUGCGAGACGCCGCCCAGCAAUGAGUUGGAACUUGUCCUCGCCGAACAGCUGGAGACGGACGGAGUGCGUCUGACAGCGCAUCCAUAUUCAACACCGGAUGGACAACGCGGCCAUUUAGAGGGUCUGGCAUCGGUCUAUUGUGAAUUGUUAAUGGCUCCCUUCGGAGAUAUUUUAAGUGCUUUAGAAAAUGCUAGACAAGCAGCUUGGGCGGAACGCAGUCCGCUCCAUCCCGCCGGCGGCAGCAGCGGCGGUGCCAGCGGCAGCGGUGGCAGCGGCCUCAGCGGCAGCGCCAACGGCGGCAUUGGCAUUGGCAGCGCCAGCGGCAGUGGCAGUGGCAUGCAACAUCGCCAGCAGCAUGGCCAUCGUGGUCAUUCGAUGCACGGCGCCGGUCUGCCAAAUAGUCAUAGUCAGCCCAUUUAUGUGCCAGGAAAGUACUCGCCUUCUAGCUGUUUAUCCGACAAGGAGGAGGAUGAAAUCUAUGGCUUUGGUUAUGGCGUGUUUGCGCCGCGAGUGGCACGCGGCGGCUUGACACAACAGCAGCAGCUGUUGCAGCAGCAAACAUUGCAAACGCAACAAAGCAUACAACAACAGCAGUUGCAUCAACAGCAACAGCAGCAGCAACAACAACAGCAACAACAGCAGCAACAGCAACAUUUACCAAUUGUGCCAGGUCAACAGGCGGCAGGACAGCCCGGAGUUGGACCACAACAGCAUCAGACACUCCCGCCAAAUGUAGCGCAUCUCAACUUUGUGCAACAAAACUGCCUGAGUCCGCGCUCCGCUUACUUCUAUGAAUUCCCACCGACAGCAGAGGGACGCGAGACAAAGAAGCGUACGACAUUGGCGCGUUUGCUGAAAGGCUUAAAAACUGUCAAUCGAAGGGAUCGCAACAAUCAACAAAAUGGCGCACAAGCCAGGGCGGCCAACGAUCGUUUGAGGCACUUUCAAAUGAUAAACGGCGGUGCUGGUGUGCCACAACAGAGUUUCGAGGAGACAAUCCAUAGGUUAAAAGUACAAGAAGCAAUGCGCAAAAAGGAAAAAUUUCAACGUGAACACGAAGAGAUCUUACGGGACAUACGCCAGGGUCUGUUGCAAAUGAGUCGAGGUGAGGGACGCACGGAUGAUACUUAUAUGUACGAUGAGGCGCUGCGGACUGGAGCUGGUGGUGCUGGUGGUGGCAUCCCUGGUGGUGCACAUUAUGCGGUCAGUGCGCUGCAUCAUCAAGGUCAUUGGUACGAUGAGCCACCUUACGAAAGCGAUCCUGAUGAUUUUCUUAUGGCCGGACUCAAUUGCGGGCCAGCGGCAACAAUACAGGGUGGCCGUGUGCGUUUCUCGAACAACCGCGAAAGUACGGGCGUAAUUUCAUUAAGAUCCGCCGGAGAUAUUUCACUGCCGCAACGUGGACCGCCGCGACGAGGUCUUAUCGUGCCACAGCAGCCACCAAAUCCGCCGACAAUAAUACCGUUAACGCAUGCCAGAUCACACGAUCGUGAGAGCGGCGACUAUGCGGGUUCCAUAUCGGAUUUACAAAGCGUUACCUCCAGGCUGAGCACAGUUUCGAUUGGCACUAACAAUUGCACGGCACGUUACCGCACGCUAAGCGGCGGCAUCGGUGAAUCGCCCUCGUUGUCGCCGAGUCCAUCAUCCGAUUACGAGGACAUUGGCGCCACACGGCAUGGAUUGCCGCCAAGUCUUGUCGCGAAGGCCAAGAAGAAUGGGUUGCCCCACAAGGCGAAUACCAUUUGCCAGAAGGCCAUGGUGCAUCAUUCGAGUGAGAUGCGUAACUCGCCAAAGGAAAUUGGCGCAUUUAAUGAGAAUGGACGAAACUUUGUUGCCACAAAGGAUACAUCAAGGGAUUUCAGCAAUUCCCAAGAUAAUACCGACCGUGGCAGCAUGAGCGAUCAGGCGUUUGCAUGUUCCGCCAGUUCCGUUGAAAGUUUGCCCAGCGCAUCCGGUUCAAGCACACAGGCUCUGGUGCGUCCUGGGAGUCCGCACAGCUCGAUAUCAGCCGAGGAUCGCAGCUCAUUGGUGUCCAUCUGCAAGGCGAAAGCACUUGUCGACAGUCUGCCCAAUCCCUACGACAAGGACGCGCUGAAGUUCAAGAAGGGUGAGCUGAUUGAUGUGCUGUCGAUGAACGCGUCGGGCAUUUGGAAGGGACGCUGUCAUGGUCGUGUGGGACACUUCAAGUUCAUCAAUGUGGAGGUGCUGCCCGAGCAGCGCAUGAAGAACUCGAGUAGCAAAACCCUGGCACCUGCCUCCCGCUUGGCCAACAGCAACAAUGGUAGUGGCAAUAGUGGUCCCAGCUCUGUUGAGGAUCUGCUGAUGCGCAUUGGACUCAAGGAGUACACAUCCGUGUUCGUGCUGAACGGCUACGAGGAUCUGGAACUAUUCAAGGAACUGGAGCCGGCCGACUUGGAUUAUUUGGGUAUUCUGAGCCAGGAACAUCGGGCCAAGCUGUUGACCGCUGUGCAGCUGCUGCAUGACAUUGAAUGCUCCGACGUGGACAUUGCCGGUUCCAGCUCCGAGAAUGAUGAGGCAAGAUUGAACAAUAUCAACAAGAAGCAUGGCGCAUCUCCCUUUGGCCGAAGACACUUUCCCCGCGACUCGGGCUGCUAUGAGGGAUCACCGUUGCCCAGCUCACAGACACCGACUCAGGCGGUGAACUCGACGGACGAGUCGAAUAGUCUGGACGAUGUGGUGUCCAAGUGUUCGAGUGAGAUAAUGAAGCGUGUGGAGAGCGCACGACGUUGCAAGGAUAAUCCGUUUAAGGCAACGCUGCCGGCGCGUGUGGGGAAGAAGUCCUUUCUUGGCGGCGGCGGACUUAUGGGUGACGAUACGCUCACACGUGGCGGACUCAGUGAGAAGUCGAGCGAUUCGGGGGUCAGCAGCAGUUCGCUAUCGUCGGGUCCGCUGAAGAGCAGCACUUAACAUUUGCCAACCAUUCUCGCCCACGAGCUGCUGCUGGGCGUGGGCCAGGUUGCGGGUGCCACCUCUCCGACCACAUCGGUUGCCUCGGCCAGCAUGGUUGGUGGCAGCAGCACUGGCUGCAGCAGCAGCAGCAGCAACAUGAAUGCCAACGCACCACUUGGCAACAUUUGCAACACUCUGCCGCAUGCCCCAUGCUCAGCAUCCGGCAGCGGCAUCGGACUACCCAAUAAUCAUCUGCCCCUCAAUCGGAAUAUGGUGAUGUUGCGCAACCAUUUGCGCAAAAAUACAAGUGGCAAUGCCAGCCAAGUGUUGCACGACGACAACAAGGAUCAAUAACAACCCAUUUAUUACAUACAGAUUUUAGUUUAAGUUCUUAAAACAAGUAAUCAAUAUUUGCGUUAGAUUGUAUGUAUUUCAAUUGCUGUGAUUCGAUAGUGAAAACAAAAGGCCAAGUUGCGUCUUUCAGUUCAAAUGUAUAGUGUAUAGAGACAGAAUAGAUAGACAACAGACAGAGUGCGAUAGAGAGAGAGAGAGAGA